AUGAAACGCUUGCCGGUUUAUUUUCUCCCUUUUAUCAGCACCUUCUUCAUUUUGUUGUGCCUCCAUGUCCCCUAUGCCGCCAGCCAAGGCCAGGAACCAAUUUUGUGUAAAUCGACCAUAAUACGAAACCUCCAUGACAUCGAACAGAUACGAAAUUGUACAAUAAUAACUGGUCAUGUCAAGCUGGUGGAAUUCGAGUUGACUCCAAAAAUGUUGUUGACUUUACGCCCUUUGGAAGUGGAAGAAAUCACCGAUUAUUUAUUAGUCUAUCGGAUACAUGGUCUGGACAGUUUGGAGAGAAUUUUUCCCAAACUUCUGGUGAUACGUGGUGUCCAUCUACUCUAUGAUCGGUAUGGUUUGGUUAUAUUGGAAAAUCGUUAUAUGGAAAAUAUUGGUUUAAUUUCAUUGCUACGGGUUAUACGUGGUUCGAUACGCAUCGAAUCAAAUCCGUCGCUGUGCUAUACCCAUACAAUUAAUUGGGUAUCGAUAUUGGGUAAUCACUCUAAAGAGUUUCAUUAUGUUUUGAAGAACAACAAAUCACCCAACUAUUGUCCCCUCUGCUAUGGCCUAAAUCCCACCGAACAAGAACGUUAUCAGAAUUGUUGGUCCCUGGGUAAGCCACAAAAACAAAUUUUAGCCGAUUACAACAACAAUCAAUGCCCUGUCAAUUGUCCCUCGGGAAAAUGUAAUAAAAAGGGGAAAUGUUGCAGUGGCAAUUGUUUGACGUCGUGUGCCGAUGAUAGCUGUCGCUACUGUUCCACGCUGAUAAGUGGCAAGAAAUGUGUCAGGGAUUGUAUACCGCCAAGGGCGAAGGCCUUUGGCAGACAAUGUGUAGCCGAUUGCAGUCAAUAUGGUUUACUGCGUCUAGGGGUCCAUUGCAUCGAAAAAUGCCCGAAAAUGUAUGAAACAGUGAAAGUGAAUGGUGUUCCGCGUUCAUGUUCUCUACGCUGUAGUGGAAAUUUCACAAUUAAAACUCUGGAGGAUUUGGAGGGAUUGGCAGAUUGCACUAUACUGCAGGGUUCGUUGACUUUGGAGCUAACCAAUUUUAAUAAUACCAAUAUCGACGCUUUAGACAAGGCCCUGGGUAAUCUCAGUGAAAUAACGGGAUAUUUAAAAAUAAUACGCUCACACUAUCUGGUAUCAUUGCAUUUCCUGCGUAACCUACACACCAUUGCUGGGAAAUUUCUUAUCGAUAACCUCUACGUCCUGUACGUUGUGGAUAAUCAUUAUCUGGAAGAUUUAUGGAAUAUAAAUCAAAGAGUAUCACUACCACGCGGCCGUAUCUAUUUCCACUUCAAUCCUAGGCUUUGUCAUGACAAAAUAGUCCAACUGGGCCAACAACUAAAGGAGACGAAUAUUUCCAUUGCCGAUGUUUCCCAAAAUUCGAAUGGGGAAUUAGCUUUGUGUGAAAGUAUCUUGGAAUAUUUGAAUACCACCGUCGAGGCCGUUAAUUCAAACGAAGCACGCAUUGUUAUCGAUUAUCUAACCUCCGAAGAUUUGGCACCGCUCAUCGGUUAUGUGUUUCUAUAUCGUGAAGCCCCCAAACGAAAUAUCAGUAAACACAGCCGUCAUGGUUGUGGUCUGGAUAAUUGGUUCAUGGACUCGACAUCGUCCACACAGCGUCGUCAUGUCUUGCGUAAUUUGAAACCCUACACCCAAUAUGCAUAUUUUGUCAAAACAUUGACCGCGACCAGUUUUCAUUAUCAAGUCGAUGCCACAUCAGAGAUACAAUAUUUUCGAACAGCACCCGCCAAACCGGGACCAUUGGCAAAAAUCUACUAUCGUUCAUUGUCGCCCACUGAGAUUGAAAUCCAUUGGUGGCCUCCGCGUAAUCCAAACGGCAUCAUUAAAAAAUAUCUGCUAAAAUACAAAAUUGUCAAAGGAACCGUACCGCUUGACAAACAAAUAUUUGGCAACUUCGGCAAUUGUCAUUGUCCGCGAAUGGAUGCCGAAUUAAGUGGUCCAAUACCGAUGGACAAGAGCUAUUAUAAUCACGAACAAAUUGUUUACGAAGAGGGUCUGUUUAAUUUUAUUUAUGUAUCCAAGCCUAAAAAUGUCACAAAAACCGUUAUCACAACUCCAGAUUCCGAAGAACAAUUCUAUUUAACUCAGGCGAAAUUUCUAAAUGCCACCAAAGCUGAACAGGAUUAUCGUAAAGAAGAUUUUGAAAUUGCUCCGGUGCCCAAAAUUUGCAAUGUCUCACAUCCGAAUACCAGUUAUAAACAGGAAAACAAUUGUGUCGAAUUGGAAGAGCUGGCAUAUGAUUAUGAAGUGGCGGGAAAUGUACAUUCGUUCCGAUUGGCUGGUCUGCAAGACGACACAAUGUAUCGUAUAAGUCUGAGGGCCUGUGUUGAAGGUCUAGCCAAUGGUUGUGGACCUGAGACAUUGCUAUGGGCCCAGACCUUGACCAAAAGUGAAGGUCUACUGUUGGAAAAUUUUAAAUUGACUCCAGUGGCGGGUGUUUCGAAUUAA